CAAAACUGCGGGGAGAGAAAUCACGUGGAGCUGAGUUGUUAAACAGGAAGCAGGAAGACACAUGGGACCGGAUGACAGAGUCGACAAAGACAACGUGAGACGGCGCAGCGGAGACCACGGUUUACAACACGCUAAGAAGAAUAAAAGCCCGGAAUCGAAGUUAAGCCACGCGCGGCACCCUUCGUCACCGAUACUCCUACUCGAGAAGGACGAUGCCUCGUGGGCGACACUGUUCUGCGCUCUCUUCCUCUGCGUCAUCGUGGUGGCGGCCAUGGCCGUUCUCAUCACGCGCCAUCUGGCGUCUCGACAUGCCAGCGACGAAGGUGUCUGCGCCACCGAAGACUGCAUCAGGCACGGACGCCUGCUCCUCGACAGGCUCAACCUGUCGGCCAACCCGUGCUCCAGCUUCUACCAAUACGUCUGUGCAAACGUGGCUUUCGACACUGCCGAGGAAAAAGUGCGAAGGAUGUAUGGACAACAAGUGAAGGACUUCAUGGAGCAGAGAGAAACCCUGAUAAAGAAGGACAAAGACACCUCGCAUGAUUAUGACGUGAAGGCUUCGCGGGCACUGGACCUGUGCCUGGGGAGACCAGACACCAUGAAUCCAACACCUUUCGUCCAGUUUAUGCGUGAACGUGGACUGACAUGGCCGAUGAAACCAAAACCUCCAGAGCGUCGGACAAACCAGUCAGGCAAGAUAUUUACCUAAAUAUUUACCUUGUUCUUGAAGGAAACACAACCAUGAUCCACAAAGUACUGAAAAAUACCAAACAUACGUCCCGUGGACGAUUUGCAGCCUAUAACGUAAUUAGCACGCCUUGACAUUUAACCAUAUGGAGAAGUAUUGUGUUUGUAAACAAAAAAAAAAAAAGAA